AAAUGUUAAGUGUGUAACUGAUUUAUAAUAAUCCACUCUACAUUAGUAAUGCCUUUGUAACUGGAUAGUCUCUUAAACGCUCGAGCGUCGCCCACUCCACUGUCCGUGCUGAUUGGACAGGGCUUGGCCACAAACGGUGACUUCACAAAAAAACAGAAGGCGACCCCAAAGAUAAAAAACAAGCCACGCUCAUCGAUGUGGCAGUGUCCUCCGUCCCUUUCACCUGUCAGUAGUCACCUCGCCCGCGCGCCUAUCAGAAAGCGACCGCGAGCGCUCCUUCACGCGUAACGGCACUUCAAAGUUGACCCAGGAACCGUUCCGUUCCGGCGUUAAGAUGCCCAGAGGAUUUUUAGUGAAGAGGAGUAAACGCGGCUCAGCGGCUUCUUACAGAACUCGUAAUGACAACGAACUGCCAAAAGUGGACAUGCAUGUGCAUACACCGGAGGGGCGAACUGGUGUGCCAAAUGCGUACCCAAUUGUGCCGUUAUCCGAGGAUGGUACAUUUGGAGAGCCAUGGACCAGCGACCCGGCUGAAGCGGAUCAGGUUCAGCUGCCGGAGAGCGCAGACAAGGUGGAGAUCAGGGAGGACUUUGGGAAAUACCCCCUACACUAUCCCCUCACUGAACCGGACCAUGACGGGUCUCCUGGCCGGGCUGACCUCUCCUAUAGCCCGAUAAAACCAGUUGGCACUGAGCUGGAAAAAUCUUUCUUCGACCGGUGUAUGAGUUCACCAACCGUGACAGAGACGUUCCCGAUGAGCACGCCCGUGUCCUCAAUAGAAAGACUUCUACUAAAUCACGCGCCCUUUGGACACUCUGAUAUUAAAUUCGACCCACCUGUGCACCUCUACCCAUCUCUCCAUCAUGCUAUGAAACGCACGUACAUGGAGCCGGAGCGAAAGACCAAGCCAGCACCCAAAAAGCCUAAAGUGAUCAGGAAGCUCAGUUUAGAGGAUGAAAUCUUCACCUCACCAGUGCUUGGGCUGAGAAUUAAGAAGGAGACCCCUGAAUUUAAAGCAGCAACAGCAUCUUCUGGUAAAAAGAAACCGUUGGGAGAAUUCAUCUGCCAGCUCUGCAAAGAGGAAUAUCUUGACCCGUUCUCCCUCGCACAACACAAGUGCUCCAGGAUUGUGCGCAUAGAGUACCGCUGUCCAGAGUGCGACAAAGUUUUCAGCUGUCCUGCCAACCUGGCCUCUCACCGCAGGUGGCAUAAGCCUCGUCCGGUUAACAACGGAGAGGCACAGAGCGCAAAAAAGUCACAACCAGAGGCACAGUUGCACGAGAGGACAUCCGUGGAAGGGAAAGAGAAUGCGAGCGAGUUGAGAGUUAACAAUCAGCACCACGUCUCUCUGGACAGCUCCAUUUGUCAGCGGUCCAUCACGGUGGACAGCUCCCACAGACAAGAACAGAUACUCAGGAGGGCACAGGAGAGCCCGCCGCCCUUCGAUCCGCGCUACCGGGUCACAGAGAAAAGCAUGGACCUGCACAUCAGAGUGGGUGACAGCUCAAGCACAAUGCAUUGUCCGGAGACUGACGUUGCCUCUCCCUUCUUACAGAACUCCGGGACAGUUGAGGAGAUUUACGAAUGUCGCUAUUGCAGCAAGAAGUUCCGAAGACAAGCGUAUCUGAGGAAACAUCUUGCGGCGCACGAGACAAUCAAAGUCUCGCCCUAUAACCAGAUAGAGAGUGGGCAAAUCACGUUUCCCUGUCACUUGUGCGGUGCCCAUUUCCCAUCCGCUGAAAUUCGGGACAAGCACAGAGUUUGGCAUGCAAUGAGAGACGACAUUCUAAUGAAUCCAGGGAAGAUUGCGGGUAGACCAGAAUUAAUUAGACCAGACCUUACACAGGGAGAUCAACAGAUAUUCACCUGUAAGCACUGCCCCUCUACCUUCUUCAGUUCUCCUGGGCUCACGAGGCAUAUCAACAAGUCUCACCCUACAGAGAACCGGCAGGUGAUGUUGCUACAGAUGGCAGUCCGGCCCGGCUGCUAAUAGCCUAGUCUACUGUAACACUGUAACCCAUGAGCAACAAGUGGAUUCAUUCAUUACUACAUAUGAAAGUAUGAAUGUGUUUUCUUUGUACUACAUGUGAUUGUAUUGUAACUUAUUAUACUACCUGAUCAGGUCAAAAACAUUCACCUAUUUUCAUUACAAGAUAGUAUUUUUGUGUUUGUUGCAAUGACAGAUUAGCCUACAGCCCACUAUGACCACGUUUUAACACUUGCUUUUGGCCUAUAUUCACUAAUGUACAUUAUUGAUUGAUUUACAGUGUAAUGAUUGUUGAAACAUUUAACAGUGAAAAUGGGUAUAUAAAAAUGUUUUAAAUAUUCAAAAGCUGUCAUUUUAAGCAUGUAAUGAAAAUAAGAGGUUGAUCCUGUGAAUGGGCCAUCUCAAGAGUAUCAGACCUCACCACCUUUAUCUUAAAUGUAGUUCCUAUGGAAAUUGAAUGUGCUUGUUCAGUAUAGUUGUGGAAUUGAUUUCUAAACCAGCAAGGCUAUCAAGAUUAGUAUUUUCAUACAGAAAAUCAAGCUUACCUGUUAGAGUAUAAAACUGUUUUAGUGAGUUUAAAAAUGUAUUUAUUCUAUAAAAUGUAAUUGCUCAAUAAAUGCCUCCAUGAUGACGAUGGUUACAAUUACGUUGUAUUUUGAUAUGUAGCCUAGCGAACAUGAAAAAAACUUACUUUGAUUGUCAAUAAACACAAGUCUGUGUGCAUACUAA